AUGCCAUCCCCCCUAACAACCACCCUAAUCCAAUCCACCAUCCUGAACGCCAUCUCCAACAUCCUCGCCCAAAUAAUCGACCAGCACAAAAAGGACGGCCCAUUCACCCUCAACACCCUCGCCCUCCUCCAAUUCAUCACCUACGCCAUCAUCAUCGUCCCCAUCAACUUCUCCUGGCAGAAGUACCUGGAGGCGAGAUGGCCCGGGUUCCCUGGGAGGAGACUGGCCCCAAGCGCCGCCUCCACUGGCGCCGAGGCCGGCGCUGUGGUCGUCACGGUCGACCCGGGGGAUCUGCUCCCCGUCAAGGAGAAGGAGGAGAAGCACGGGGCAGCGCGAUGGCGCUGGCGCUCCGGGCCGCGUAAUUUCGCGAUGAAGUUCUUCCUCGAUCAGACGGUUGGGUCGGUGAUGAAUAUUCUCUUAUUCAUUGUUUUGAUUAAUGUGCUGAAGGGGGUUGGGUGGAGGAGGAUCGGGGAGUUGGUGCGUGAGGACUUUGAGCCGAUCAUGAUUGCGCGGCUGAAGUAUCGGCCUGUUGUGUCGACGUUGUUGUAUACGGUUGUUCCGGUUGAGAGGCGCGUGGUGUUUGGGAGUGCCUGUGGUGUUGUCUGGGGGAUCUAUUUGAGCCUGUAUGCUGCUGUUUAG